AUUUAAUCAACUUCAUCGCAUGAUCGAUGACCUCCAAAAGUGAAUUCACCUUCAUAAAGAAGAACAGCAUGUUAAGAAAGAACUGUUUUCGCAGCUUGAAACAGAACCAUGUAGUAUUAUAGAUGCAUUGUUUUUAUAUAAAUAUGGCCUAUCGGAACUGUGAAAAUGAUAUUGGCCUAUAGACAAAAGAAUGACCAGGAGGAUGGCGCAUGAAUGCGUGUGGCUCAUGCUGGUCGAGGAAAACAAACAAGAAACUAAUUGAAGACAGAAUAGUAAUUGUUCCGGACGAAGGUCAGAAAGAUAAUCGUGUGCUUUAAGCCAUCACACCACAACACUUCCCAAUCAUUGCCUGAAGAUAUAUUAUAACCGUUAGUUGAUGCUUUUGGCAUACACAGUUUUUCUGUAUUGUAAGCAGAGUCUAAAUUUGGAUUCAAGAAGCUGUCGAGCUUUUAUCGAUCAGGUCCAGCCUGAUGGAGCUCAGAGCUGCACUAAUUUUGGUUUGCAUUACAUCAUUUCUCGCUUCUACCAAAGGCAUUCCUUCAACUAGCAAAGACGAUGUUGUAGAACAUGGGUUCAGAAAGAGUUUUGUAGGAGAUAUGAGGCUCACAAGAUCACAACUGGAUUAUGUUCUUGGAAUGAAGGGCAAGAAUAGGAGAUCUGUAAGGAGAAAAAGAAGGAAUGUGGCUUCAAACCUCUGGCCAAAUGCCAUCAUCCCAUACAAGAUUGACUGCAGUUUAGAGAACUUACCUUCGACGAUCUCAGCCAUCAAGGAAGCAAUGGAAGAAUGGCAGAAAAAAACCUGCAUUCGAUUCGUGAAUCAUACAAAUGAGAAGGACUAUCUCACUUUUUUUAGAGAUAAUAGCUGUUGGGGUGACGUUGGACGCCUUGGAGGGGAAAACAAAAUAUCUGUGGGACAUCUAUGUGACUUUCGAUAUGUAGUGGCCCAUGAAAUUGGCCAUGCAAUUGGCUUUUACCACGAGCAAACCAGAAUGGACAGGGACAAGUACAUUGAUGUGAAAUGGGACAAUAUCCUUGAACAUAAGAAAGUUGAAUUCCGUAAAAAGAAAGACUCGAUCUCAUUGGGACACCCUUAUGACUUCAGUUCGAUCAUGCACUACUCGUGGGACGCAUUUUCGACGAAUGGUAAUGCAACGAUUACGCCACUGAAGCCAGUUAAGCAACAACCAUAUGCGUUUGUCAGUGAAAUUGAUGCAAUACAAACGAAUUUGCUUUACAAAUGUUCUAAAAAGAAAGUCAGAAGAAAGAGAGCUUUUGGAGACUGUGAUGACAAAUUGCCUAGUUGCGGAUCAUGGGCUAGAUAUGGAUAUUGCUUGACGUCAUUGCACGUGAGAGAAAAUUGCGAGCACAGCUGCAAGGCACCGCAAUGUCUAACAAAUGUUAAAUGCAUUGAUGAAAAAGAAGAGUGCGAAAAAUGGGCUAGCUGGGGACACUGUAAAUUAAGCAAUACCGUAAUGACACUAUGCACAAGAAGUUGUCAUCCAAAGUGCAAACAUGCAAGAAUGUUGACGACAACACCAAAGCCAACCCCAACAACAAGGGCCCCCACUACCCCAUUUCGAAGGAAAGCAAGGCGACUGGGUAGAUGUUCUGAUAAAGUUCAAGGCUGCCGUAGAUGGGCUGAAGUGGGGUUAUGUAAUCAAAACCCGUGGUACAUGAAGUAUUGCCAACGAAGUUGUCACCCAACUUGCAGAAAGGCAUGGUGCAUCGACAGAGCCAAGAAAUGCAGGACUUGGAAGAAGAAUGGCUACUGCAGGCUGAGUGGUGCCAUUAUGCAGCUUUGUUCGCAGAGCUGCAAUCCGUUGUGCAAAAAAGGUCGAAUUGAGAAGCUAGUAGCAGUUCUCAAAGACAGGGAAUCACUGCUAAAAAGAAAGAAACUACCUCCUAAAAAGUUAAAAAUAAAAGCAAAGAAAGUUAAGUGCAUUGACAGCACAUCAAAGUGUAAAGACUGGUACGAAUGGGGACACUGCUCGAUCAGCAUUACUGUAAGGAAGUUAUGCCCAAAAAGUUGUCACCCACAAUGCCGGAAAGAUAAACCAAAACCUUUGCAUGUCAAGAUGGGAAUCGGAAUCCUGUGUAAAGAUAGAAAUAAACAUUGUCAAGACUGGGCAAAGCAUGGUCACUGCGAACGCAACCCAAAAUGGAUGCGAUCCAAUUGCAAAGCAUCUUGCAAGCAAACUGACUGUGACCGUGAACCACAGAAACCAUCAGGUCCUUGUUCGAGCCCACUUGGCAUUGGUUUUGAUGGGAAAGGUUGGAAAAUCCCAGAUAAAAGUAUGACUUCCAAUUCAGAACUGCAAAUUGAUAGCUGGUCAGCAUCGGCUUCGAAUGCCAGACUCUAUUAUGAAGAUGAUGCUGAUAAAAAACGAAUUGCUGCUUGGUGCGCUAAAACAUGGAAACACAAGUUAGGCCCAUAUAUUGAGAUAGAUCUUGGUUCACAGAAAAAAAUCAAAUACAUUGCCACACAAGGCCGUGAUAAAUUCUUUGAGCGAGUUUCAAAAUUCAAAGUCAGAUUCAGCAAUGAUAGAAGACGUUGGUACGAGUAUAUUGAAAAUGGAAGAAUUAGGGAGUUUGACGGCAACUGCGAUCAUUUUACACCAAUACUGAAUACCUUCAGUAACGUCAUAAAUGCGAGGUACUUCAGAUAUUACCCAACAAAAGCAAACUACGCAUGCGUACGAAUGGAACUUUAUGGUUGCUGAAAGAACAAAUACGAAGCUGCUUUUUUAUUCUCUUUAAUUAAUCACAUCCAUACUGUCGUGUUUUUUGGUUUGUAAAUGUUUUGAAUGAAAUUUUUAAAGAAAAAGUGUUAAUAAAAGCGCUGCAAAACGUG